CACAGCACUGGAAUCAUCAACUCAACUGAAUUGCUCUGGGGCACACAUCGCCGUCACUUGCUACUUCUGUCUACAGUCUAUUUGUAUUCAUUGUUCAAAGUCUCUUUACAACCUGUCACGUGCAAACACAAACCCAGCAUGGGCUCCCAAGAAUAUCCGAGCCUAUUGCUCCUCCCCCUCCCCACCCGGCCACCAUCACGGGCCUCGCUCAGCGCCGCAUACCGUCCGUCGCUACAGGCAGUCCUCUCCAAAAUCAAGAACCCAAAUCGGUCUUCCGUUCUCAUUGUAGCCGUCGUGGGCCCUCUUCUCCGCGGCGCAUCGCCAAAAACCAAAUCGCUAUCAUGGCCAGCCGCCCAGUCUCUCAUCGCCGGUCUCUACAGUCUCAUUGCCUUGAUAUGCGCCGAGCAGGCCAUUGCCAGCGAUGUCCACGGCGGACCUGGCUCCGUUGAUGCGCGCGUCGUCUUGGUGGACCACGAUGCCAACCGGAAGUUUUUGCCGGAUUUUGUGGCCGCCAUCGAGCCCAAUAACACGACGGUCGUGGAUCUACCGACCUUUGCCUUGGCAUAUCACCCCUGGAACUACAUCUUCCAUAUCAACAGCGAACAAGGCUACCGCACAUUGUCAACAUAUCUCAAGUUUGCUGAGAGUAGGCAAACGAUUCUGCAGUCGCAACUGGUAGUUGUUGAGGCAGGUCUGAGCAUGAAUGUUGAGGGAUCGAGCGAAGAUCCCGUGGAAGACACCCCGGGGUACAACAUCGUGUGUCUAGGGGGCACAUUCGAUCAUUUACACCCAGGCCACAAGUUGCUCUUGACGGCUGCAGCACUUUUACUCCGGGUACCGGUCAAAGACGCAACGUCAAGUUGCCGCUUGAUCGUCGGUAUCACCGGAGACCAGCUCUUGGUAAACAAGAAACACGCAGAGCUCGUACAGUCCUGGGAUGACAGAGCCGAUUACACUCUCGACUUCCUAACAUCCCUUCUCGAGCUAAACAAGAGCGGGUGGAAGAAGAAGACGAGCCCGGCCGGGACGGUUACAAGGAAACCGGGCCGCGUCGAGGCCACCUUUCGCGACGGCGCCAUCAUCGUCGAGUGUGUCGAGAUCCAGGACGGCUUCGGCCCCACGGUGACGCAGGAGGAGAUGGAUGUGCUCGUGUAUUCGGGGGAGACGCGGUCGGGAGGAAAAUCCGUCAACGAUAAGCGGACGGCGCAAGGGUGGAAGCCGCUGGAGACGUUUGAAGUGGAGGUUUUGGAUGCCAGUGAGCAGGGCGAGGGGGCGAGCGAGACGGAGAAUUUCGCGUCCAAGAUUAGUAGCACGGCGAUUCGGCAGCAGAAGGCGGCGACGGCGGCGAAGGCAACUGCCAAGCCUGAAAGUAAAAGCCGGCUGGCCUAGAUAGUGAAUGGUUAAAUAGCGGUGGAAUAUCACGGCUACUGGUAAAAUCAAGUAAUACAGAGGCCUGGCUUUUGCGAUAUCUUUUGGUUUCUGUUGGAGGUUGGCAUCUUGUAUGAGGCCAUUCUGAUUCUUCAGUUCACAUGAAGCGUCCGGACGAGAGCCCGAAUACGCUCCCAGGCAGACCGCCACUUAAUUACCCACCAGCGAAUGGUAUUGCUUGCGCC